CUUGUUCUUUCUAUGCUACUAUCAUCAGUACCAUUUGCAUCUUCAACAGUACCUCAUAGUUUAACUAAAGGCUAUUCUCUCGUAGUCGAGAGUCAGAACCACUUUCUGCUUUCACCAAACGGCCUAUUCUCUGCUGGUUUUCAGAGUGUUGGUGAUAAUGCUUAUUGCUUUGCAAUAUGGUUCACUGAACCAUUCCAGAAUGGAAACCACACAAUGGUUUGGAUGGCCAACCGAGACCAGCCAGUUAAUGGGAAGCUCUCAACCCUCUCCCUACUGAGAAACGGUAAUCUUGUACUAACGGAUGCUGGGCAACUCACCAUUUGGUCCACCAACACUGGUUCGGUUUCUGUAGUGCAAUUGCAGCUUCAAAACAAUGGUAAUCUUGUCCUCAUUACCUCUGAGGGUUUUACUAUUUGGCAAAGUUUUCAUUCACCAACAGAUACACUUCUUCCAAAUCAACCUCUCACCAGAGAGACAGUUUUGAUCUCGUCACGUAGCCAAACCAAUUAUUCUUCUGGUUUUUACAAGUUCUAUUUCGACAAUGAUAAUGUCCUUCGUCUUGGCUUUGAUGGCCUUCAAAUAUCUAGCGUUUAUUGGCCCACUCCUUGGCUAAGUAUUUUUCAAAAUGAAAGGUCCCCAUACAAUCCAAAUAGAACUGCAAUACUCGAUGAAUCAGGCCGUUUCAGGUCAUCUGAUGAUUUCCAGUUCAGAGCUACGGAUUUUGGUGUCGGGCCUCAGAGGAGAUUGACCAUUGACGCGGAUGGUAAUCUUCGAUUGUACAGUCUAGAUGAGAGGAGACGAAGUUGGGUAGUUUCCUGGCAAGCCAUGGCUCAACCGUGCCAGAUUCAUGGCGUGUGUGGACCUAACAGUAUGUGUACUUAUGGUCCACAUGGUAGGAAUUGCGCUUGUGUACCCGGAUAUAAGUUGAAAAAUCACACUGAUUGGUCCUAUGGAUGUGAACCAGAAUUCAAUCUGUCUAGUAACAAGGAUGAAACUGGUUUCAUCCAUCUUCCUACUGUUGAAUUCUAUGGCCACGAUAGUGGCCUCGUCAAAAAUUACACCUUAAAGAGUUGUGAGGAUGAAUGCUUGAAGUUUCCUAAUUGCAAAGGGUUCCAAUACAAAUCUAAUUCGGGUAAAGGUCAAAAUGCCUGUUACUUUAAGACACUGUUGUGGAAUGGGUAUCAUUCUCCGAGUUUUGAACUUUCAAUGUACAUAAAAUUGCCCAAAAGUAUAGUCUCCUCGUAUAACAAGCCGGUUCAACAAUUCAUAUUAGAUUGCUCCGCCCAACUCAAUAUGCAGCUCUAUAGACCUUAUAAGAAAUCUCCUGAAAAUGGGAUAGUGAAGUUUGCACUUCGGUUUGCUUGUGGAAUUGGAGGAGUUGAAAUCAUGUUGAUCAUGCUCGUGUGGUGUUUCUUAUAUAGAACCCAAACAAAGUCACAUGCAGCUAUGCAAGUUUACCAUCAAGUUGAUUAUGGAUUCAAGCGAUUCACCUAUGCGGCACUAAAGAAGGCGUCUAAGAAUUUUAGAGAAGAGAUUGGAAGAGGAGGUGGUGGUGUUGUAUAUAAAGGCACACUAUCUGAUAAUCGUGUAGUGGCAAUAAAACGUCUCAAUGGAGCUAAGCAAGGAGAAGCGGAGUUCUUGGCAGAGGUGAGCACAAUUGGGAGGCUUAACCACAUGAAUUUGAUAGAGAUGUGGGGAUAUUGUGCGGAGGGAAAGCACAGGCUUUUGGUGUACGAGUACAUGGAGCAUGGAUCCUUGGCCGAAAAUUUAAAUGCUAACACACUUGAUUGGGAGAAGAGGUUCAAUAUUGCAUUAGGUACAGCUAAAGGGCUUGCUUAUCUGCAUGAAGAGUGCUUGGAAUGGGUUUUACAUUGUGAUGUGAAGCCACACAACAUACUCCUGGAUUCUAAUUACCAGCCGAAGGUGUCAGAUUUCGGGCUGUCUAAACUAUUGAACAGAAGUGGUGAUAACAAUUCGAGCUUUUCCAGGAUAAGAGGAACAAGAGGUUAUAUGGCUCCUGAGUUGGUAUCCAAUCUCCCUGUCACCUCAAAAGUUGAUGUUUAUAGCUUUGGAGUCGUCGUAUUGGAGAUUGUAGCCAAAGAGAGGGCAACAACAGGCGUUGACACCAUCAACGGUAACUGUGAUAAAGGCAAGGUGGAAAUUCUGGUUGGAGUUGCUUUACGAUGUGUAGAGGAAGACAAAAAUGCCAGACCAACAAUGAGCCAGGUAGUUGAAAUGCUUCUACGCCAUCAAAAUGAUAAUUAGAAGAGGCAAUUCAUUGUUGCGGCGACGGACAUUAAUGCAUACUUAAUGAUCAUUGCAUGUAGUUCUUUUUUUCUCUUUUUUUUUCUUUUUUUUUUUUUAAAUGAGUUUUUAUUUCUGUGUGUUUGUUUCACAAUUGUAGCUUAGUAAGUCCAUACCUAUGGACCUACUUUUUAACGUUUAACGUCCCUUGUAUUUUUUGCAAAGAAUUUAUGGUAUUGAUAAUGGGAGGAUUAUUUAGAUUUGCGUUUGAAUUGGUAUUGUAUGUAUACAAGAAAUGGGGAGUCAGUUAAUCA